CAGAUGAAGCCUGUUUAAUAAGACCUGAAUGAACAAGUGAUCAAACAGGUUUGCCCUUGUGUUUGCUGAUCAUCUGUCAGGUGAUCGCUCUCAACUACGUCUGAAUAUGGAUCCGCUCCGGUCGUAGUUUAUUCCCAAAAUGGAACUAAUGGAGGAAAAUUAAAGCUUGAAAAGGCCUGUCCAUGGCAGAAAGACAUGAUUUUCUUUGCCGUUUUGGGUUUGUCCUUUAGAGAAAUUCAACUGUCAUUCUCAGAGGAAUUGGAAUAUAGUAUUUUGGGCAUAUCUGUUGUCCUUUUCCUUAUAGCCCUCUGCGUUCUGAUAUGGCAGAUUUACCGCCACUGUACACGGUUUCCUGUUUCACAAAGACCUGCAGAUGGCCUGUUGGCUAGGAGCGGAGGUUUUCAGUAUGCUACACAAACAAAUGACGCUAAGAUGGAGGUUCAUUAUGAGGAACUGAGCCACCGCCUGUCCCCUGGCACCUCUUACACUAACCUGGGCAGUAGUUUAGAUCUAGCAAGCAUAGCAGAUCUGGAAGAGGAGAACAUCCAGGGAUCUCUGCGCUUUUCACUGUUCUACGAUCAGUUGCAGUCUAGACUGGUGGUGACGGUGCUGGAUGCCCAGGAUCUAGCCGUGCGAGACUCCAGUCACAGUGUGGACCCAUUUGUUUGGGUGCGGUUGCUGUGGGCAGAAAGAGAGGAUGAGGAGCAGAGUUCAAUGCAGUGUGUUCUGGAUGAAUGGCAGACGCGUUUAGUGAAGAAGAGCUGCAGUCCUGUGUUUGGAGAUCAGUUCUCUUGCACUCUGGCUGAAGAGGAAGUAUCAAAAGUCACUGUUAGAUUUGAGGUUAGGGAUUUUGAUAAAUACUCAAGACAUGAAAUUCUAGGAGAGGCCCAUGCUCGCCUGAACAGUCUGAAGCUCUCAUAUCCCCUGGAGUUAAGAAAGGAACUGCAAGUACCCAAGAAAGACGUGGUUGGUGAGGCACUGCUCUCUCUGAAAUACAUGCCUACAUCUCAGAGGCUGGAGGUGGGAGUUUUGAAGAUCUGCACAGUAUGUCAUCCCAAUAAGACUGAGGGAGCUCUCUAUGCCAGAACCAGCGUUACCUGCAACCACUGCAAACUUCGACAUCAGAGGACAACACAGAAGAAGCGCUGGAAGGUUACUGUGUUCAAUGAGGUCCUGACCUUUGUGUUGCCAGAUCAACAGAUUACAGAGUGCACCAUUAUAGUGUCUGUUUACGAAAUUCAGACUUCAAAGAAGUCUUCCAAGCGUUUGAUUGGUCAUAUCCACAUCAAAAAGGGAAAGACCUCCGAGGACGAGCACUGGAAACUGAUGAUGCAAUCACUACGACAGCCAAUCGCUAAGUGGCAUUCAAUCUUUAUCUGAAGACACCUGGGCUGUAUUCAAAAUUGCCCCCUAUACCCUCAUUCACUAUUCCCUACAUUAG